AUGCUCGCACCCUUCCGGCCGAGGCGUUAUUCGGCGAUCACUUCUCCGCUGCGCACCAUCACUGUGCGCGACCUUCUGCAGCUGCAGGAUGCUCCGAAGCAACCUCUCGACGUCCAAGGAAGAGUACGCUCGUUCAGGGCCAUGAAAAACGCCUCAUUUCUAGACCUCGAGGACGGCAGCAGCAAGAAUGCGCUGAAAGUCGUCAUUUCUCACCAUGGGAGACCUAAUCCUGUCACACUGAAAACCGGCCAAUCGGUAGCCGUCCGCGAUGCAAUGUGGAAAUGGACUCCGGACCGCCAACAGGCAUUUGAGCUGGCAUGCCAGCCUACAGAUGUACAAGUCAUCGGAGAUGUGACGGAUGAGUAUCCUCUACAGAAGAAAUACGUGUCCUUGAAGCACCUACGCCAGUGGCCUUUGUGGAAGCAUCGGACGCAGUACCUAGGUGGCUUACUGCGAUUCAGAUCGCACAUUGAGGCCACCUUGACCCAAAUUCUCACGCAAGAGGGCAUUUACAAGGUGCCACCGCCGGUUGUGACGUCGGGAGACUGCGAAGGCGCAGGCGAGCUUUUCCAUGUCGAAGCUAAUAGCCUACGUGCCUCUCAGCGGAAGUACUUCGGAACUAAUGCGUACUUGACCGUGUCAGCGCAGAUGCAUCUGGAAGUAAUUGCUCUCGCUCUCGGCCGUGUGUGGGCACUCACGCCCUGUUUCAGGGCUGAGGAGAGCGACACAAGCAGACAUCUGUCAGAGUUCUGGAUGUUGGAGGCAGAGUUGUGCUUUGUGCAAGAUGUGACGCAAUUGACGGGCUUCGUCCAGAAGCUGAUACAGGAACUUGCUCGCACACUGCUACAGCGCCAAGACGAGCUACUACCUGGCAUGGUCCCGCAGGAAGGCGCCGAGUCGAGGGAGACAGUUCUCGCCCGCUGGCAAUCCCUAAUUGAGCAUCCAUGGCACACCGUCACAUACACGGAAGCUAUUCAGGUGCUGCAGCGCCAGCACGAUCUAUCUCCGUUUGUGCACGCGCCUCAGUGGGGCGCGGCUCUGCAGUCUGAACAUGAGAAAUGGCUUGCCGGAGCUCACUUCGGCGGCCCCGUCUUCGUCACCGACUAUCCGCGUGAGUGUAAAGCCUUCUACAUGAGACUGAACGACGACAAAAAGACUUUCGCAUGUUUCGAUUUGCUGUUUCCAGAGAUGGGCGAGGUCAUGGGCGGAAGUAUUAGAGAAGAGCGUUAUGACGCUCUUCUUCGCGAGAUGACCAGCAGAAACAUGAAUAUAGCAGAACUUGACUGGUAUCUUCAACUACGGCGUCAGGGCAGUGCGCCGCAUGGCGGAUUUGGACUAGGCAUGGAGCGGCUCAUUAGCUGGCUGUACGGGAACCAUAACGUUAGAGACGCUAUAGGGUUUUAUAGGUCCGCGACCUCGACCAUUGAAUUAUAA